UGAAAAUCCAAAGGUGUGAAUAAACGACAGGCAACGGGAAAUGGGAAGGCUGCCAUGCAAGGUUGUUCUUAUCCAUACGUGGCCAUCUCUUAUCCUAAAGCUGAGAUCCUGAGGGGCUUUGCUGGACUGUACAUCUCCCAUAUCUUGUCAGCUGUGAUCCUUCGAGUGACCGCUGUUUGACAGGUGCAGCCAUGAUUGGCACACUUCUUCUUGCCUUGCUUCUUCUUCUGUUGCUCCAUUUGCAGCUUUGUAUCUGCCUCGAGGUAAUCAGGGCUGCUGAAAUGGUCACCCAACUUGCCAUGGAGGAGGAAGCCGCUGCAAAUGCUAUGGCUGCUAACAGCUCGAGGAGAACGCCUCGUGUUAUUAUUAUAGGAGUCCGGAAAGGUGGCACACGCGCUUUGCUCGAGAUGCUCAACCUGCACCCAGACAUUGAGGUGGCCCGAUCUGAAAUUCACUUUUUCAACUUGGAUGAGAACUAUGAGAGGGGUUUUGGCUGGUACCUUGCGCAAAUGCCAUUGUCGUUACCGUAUCAAUUGACAGUGGAGAAAACGCCGGGCUAUUUCGCAUCACCCAAAGCCCCUGCCCGGAUCCAUGAUAUGAAUAGCUCCAUUCGCCUUUUGCUAAUUGUGAGGGACCCAGCUGAGCGGCUGAUCUCGGACUACACUCAAGUCUUGUAUAAUCGGAAGGAGAGGCGCAAACCCUUUCAAUCGCUCGAGCAACUGGUUCUAAGAAAAGGGAAGCUGAACACUAAUUACAAGGCAAUUCAGCGCAGCCUCUACGAUGUUCAUCUCACUAACUGGCUGCGCUUCUUUAGUCUGGGGCAAAUUCACAUUGUGGAUGGAGAUGUUCUCAUCCAAGACCCCUUCUCAGAAGUUGAAAAAGUAGAACGAUUUCUAAAACUGCGUCCAAAAAUUUUGAGGUCCAAUUUCUAUUUCAAUCAGACCAAAGGCUUCUACUGUCUUAACACGGAGGGCCGGGAGAAGUGCUUAGAUGAGUCCAAGGGGCGCCCACACCCUGCUGUUAACCGCAGCAUUCUCCUCAAGCUCUGCGAUUACUUCAGUGAGCACAACGAACGAUUUUACAAAAUGGUGGGCAGGACCUUCAGCUGGUGUGGGAACAACAGCCGGGUCUGAAAUCCGGAGCUGGCGCCCCACCAAAUGAUACAGACCAUUACCAACCUGCCUGCACCCAUGGACCAGUACCUCCCUGGCAGAGAGACCUAUUGCAGUGCCGAAAUGAAGAUGUGCCCACCCAGUCCAGGGAGGAAGCACAAGUGACUUUGACUCAUGGAUCUGUAGGCAGGGAAGAGACAACUGGCAUUGAUGAAAUGAGACAUCAGGGUUCAAUGUCCCUGGGGUGGAGGGUCAUGCUGGAUAUAUCAGGCACAUCAAUUCUAGGUUUAAUUUAGUUCUACUGUAUGCUGUUUUCAUCAACUUAACUUUUAAAAGACAUUUUAAGCAGUCUAGCAGUCGCUGCUACAUGCUCAGAAAAGUCAAAGGAGCAGAUGCCACCUUCAUUAAUUUACUAGCUGGUCUGAGCCUGAGAUCCCCACCAGGAUCAUUACAAAAAGAUGGACACGUACUCACCAAAACAUGGUGGAUGGUGUGCAGUGUGAAGAACAUCAGUCCUGGAACUUACAACGUGCCCCCCAAAUGGGAACUUCAGGUGUAGACUUUAUUGGGAAUCACAUUGCCUUCUGUUUACGGGGGGGAUUUAAUGGUUGAGCAAAUCUAGGGGGUAACUU